AUGGGGAUUGACCGGCGGCGGAGAGCGUCCCUGGCUCUCACACUGAACUUUGUGGCUCUGUUCUUGGCCGUGUCCGCGCUGACCACGAGCUACUGGUGCGAGGGGACGCGGAAGGUGGUCAAACCGUUCUGUACCGGGCCCGUGACCACGAGGCAAGCGUUCUGUAUCCGCUUUAACAGCUCCAACAUCAACGACUCGCGCCUCGUGCAGUACAUCUGGGAGACCGGGGAGGACAAGUACGUGAUGAGGAAGUUCCACACCGGCAUCUGGUUCUCCUGCGAGCAGAACAUCAACAUGACCGGUGAGAACUGCAGGAACUUCAUAUACGUGGCCCCGGCGAACGAGCGAGGGGUGCUGUGGCUGUGCAUCGUGGCCGAGUGCCUGUACAUCCUCCUCCUGGCCACCGGGGGCAUUCUCAUGUCCAUGGAGGUGUGUCAGAUCGGGAACGUGAUCGACGGGCUCAAGCUCAACGCCUUCGCCGCCAUCUUCACCGUGCUCUCCGGUCUGCUGGGCAUGGUGGCCCACAUGAUGUUCACCACGGCCUUCCAGCUCACAGUGAGUCUGGGCCCAGAGGACUGGAAACCUCAGACCUGGGACUACAGCUGGUCCUACAUACUAGCGUGGAGCUCAUUCACCGCCUGCAUGGCCUCCUCCGUCACCACCAUCAACCGCUACACCAAGACCAUCCUGGAGUUCAAGCACAAGCGCAGGAACAUUGAGAAGAACCUGAAGAUCAAGCAGAAGCUUCUGGAGCUGGACUCUCCUCAGCAGAUGUGGGACAUGUACCUGAGCUCUGUCCCCAGCACAGCCGAGGAGCUGCUCGACCUGUCCUCCACCAGCCGCAGGCUCUCCAACACCUCCAUGUUCUUGGACCUGAGCGACUUGCCUGAGGGCUGCUCAGAGGGCUACUGCUGA